UUUUGUUCCCUCCCCCACGCACGCGCAUACACAGAUCCAAUCAUCCAUCCUUUUACAGUUUACCUUACCUCAACGGCUCAUUUUGCUGCGCAUCAUAAGCUUAAUAACUCCGCCCACAAUACUAAAUACUUGCCACUACCAAAAAUAAGCAUCAAACUUUAAUUUUCUCCUAAAAUGGAAACUCUUACUCCUACUCCUAGAGCAAUUCAGCACGUUACUAAGGCUUCCUCCGACCAACUCCUCCGAAAAUUUGCCGCAAUCGACUCUGACUCCUCCGAUAACGACGAGGCUUCUUCCUCGGCUCGUAAGUCGAUUUCGACACGGUGCCGAAGUCAGAAGAAGAGAAAGGUGAUGAUGAAGAAGGAGAUGAGCACAUCAAUUGAGAAUAAUAGUAGUAGUGCUAGUGCAAGUUUUAAGGUGGUUGAAAGGAAGUCACUCCUUCCUCAAUAUUAUCAAAGGGGUAAUAAUAGUACUAGUAGACGUACUUCUUCUUCAGGUGCCUCUUUGCUUAAGAAAAUUGGCAUUUCUAAGUCUCAUCCUAGUUAUGCUAGAGUUGCUAGAGAUUUUCGGACCAAGUCACUUCUUUCUGCUAUUGAAAAGACAUGGAGCAAAACCGUAAGAGGCGCAUCCAAGAUUUUUAUGGAGAAGCAUUAUAAUCGUCACAGAAUUUUAAUUGAUGACAUGGUUUGAGAUGUAUGUAUGUAUGGAGAAGGGGGAAUAAAGAAAUCAUGAUCCCUUUCCUUCUCCUUUGAUUUUUGUAAAGAAGUACUAAUUGCAAUAUGCAUCUAUUUUACGUCA